AAUUGAUUUCAAUAGAUACUUUUAGAAUCUCAACAAUAAGAUUAUGAAGAAUUUGAGAUGUACAAGAGAAACUGCAAUCUGUCAAUCAAUUGAUAUGAAAAAGAAACUGUUCUUCUUAUAAAUCUGUGAGAUUUUUACACAGUCUCAGUGUAAUUAGGGAUCAAUGGCAUGUUCAAAUCAUCAAUUGCUGCUUGUAUAACUGCUUCAUGGUGAGAUGGAUGAAAAAAUGAAGAUUGGGCGGGCGUUGGGUGGUUGAUUACGUUAAGUCAACAUUGAGUGCGUGCUCCCAUAGUCAGUCGCCGCGAGAAUUCUUCAAGGUUAAAAUCAAUUAAUAGGACGUAUUCCGACUCAUUCUCACAAGGGAGGCAACCAAAAUGAAAAAUACUCACGGAAAUCGCAGUCAACAAAUGGCACCAAGCAGGUGAUUGCUACUAUCCAGACACAUAAAGUAAAUAAAAAAGAAAGUGAGAAGAAUGGAUAAGUUCCUGUCUCGGAAACGCCCACGAGACUCCUCCCCGCCGGAAUCUCAUAAAGAGACAACAUUUCUUUCGGCCAAUGACGGAGACUGUGAAAUAGCUAAAGACGAGGAAUCGACAGACGUAAAGCUGGCGAUUCUAGCAUCUCUCUUUCCGGACUUCCAGCAAGAAUUCCUCCUUGACGUGCUGGUUGCUAGUGAAGGGUCCCUCACAGCCGCGUGCUCAACUCUGCCAUCCCAGACACCUCCGAGCGGUAAUAAGAAGCGCAACAUUUCAAGUGGCCUGGGCAUACAAAGCUCGCUCUCAUCAUUCGGUGUAACAGCGACGAACCUAUCAACCUCAAAAGCAGGGCCGAAAGCCCUCACAAAGAGAGGGCGGACAUUGCACCUCUUCUCCCCAGAGGACAUAUCCAAGUACACCCCUUGCACCAUAAUUCAUAACUUCCUUGCCGCAGAGGAAGCCAACGAUCUCCUCCGCGAACUGCUCGAAGAAGCCAAAACCUUCCACAGACAAACCUUCCAGCUUUUCGAAAGCACCGUCCAAAGUCCCCACUCCGCAGGCUUCUACGUCUCCAGUACCGAAGAGCUGCAUAAGCAUAAACACGAAUACUCCUACAAUGGCACCUAUCGAACAGACGUCCGACAGUUAACCCCGGAACUCCGUCGUGUUUCUACAAAAGUUCAAAAAGCCGUGAACGAUGAGAUCCAUAAGCGCAUCACAUCACACUACCCGGGCGGGAAGAAGCUAAAAUACCAAUCGUCGCGUACAUGGGUACCCAACGCAGCCUUCGUGAAUUGUUAUGAUGGCCCCUCUGAAAGCGUAGGCUACCACUCGGAUGAACUGACAUAUCUAGGACCCCGACCCGUCAUUGGUAGUUUAAGCCUAGGCGUCACGAGGGAGUUUCGAGUGCGCCGAAUUGUGCCGCCCGAUGAUCCUGAGGGUCCCAAUGCCAACGGCAACGAUAGUAAUGCUAAUGCUAACGAGGAAACAAUAGCUACACAAACAUCUACAUCUACAUCUAUAUCCACAACAACAACAGCAGCAGCAGCAACCAGAGCAGACAUCCAAGGCCAAAUCUCCAUCCACCUCCCCCACAACUCUCUCCUAGUAAUGCACGCCGAAACCCAGGAAGAAUACAAACACAGCAUUAGCCCCGCACAGACAAUAUCGCCACAUCCCAUUGCAGGCAACAAGCGAAUAAACAUCACAUACCGCUGGUACCGCGAGUCUCUACACCCGCGCCACACGCCCAAGUGUCGUUGCGGAAUGCCGUGUGUGUUGCGAUGCGUGCAGAGGAAACGGGACACGCGGGGGAGAUACAUGUGGAUGUGCUAUGCUGGGUAUGCGGUUGGGAAAACGUCGUGCUCUUUCUUUCAAUGGGCGGAGUUUGAUGAUGAAGGGGAACCCAUUUGGAGGAAUGGGGUGGGAAAAGAGCGUGGAAAGUGAGAGGAGGUGGAAAAUUGUAGGGUGUAACGGUAAAUACAGUUAGGAAAUGAUGGAUGGCGUAUUUUUGACAUGGUUUAUGAACUGAAUGAGUGGCAUCGAGUUUAGCUUCUGGUUCCUACGUUCAAUGGGGUUGCUCCUCGUUCGUAAAUUCAGAUGGCAUCUAGUAUCUGUUCCUUUCACGGCCGCCGUUUCCCAAAAGCACAAAGCCGCAAUAUCAAUAGAGAGAUAAUAAUUACGUUGUAUUUUAAUUACGUUGUUUUAUGGCCGUUUAGGCCACAUUGUGCGAGAAAUUAUAUAUAAUCAACGAGACCCGCUGAGGCCCCGCAGUGAAAAUCGUGAACAAGCAAGAACACAGCAAAAGAAAAUCCCCACCACCAAUAUAGCCAAUCCCAACCCUAAUCUCCUAUAUUAUAUCUAGCUAGAGGGAAAGCUGACAUUAGCACCUACGAAAUCGGCGAAACGAAGGCCUGAUCUCGAGCAACCUUCUCAUCUGAACAUAUAUUGUGAAAACAGUUACCGUCGCAACCUUCGACCAAAUUGCGGAAUGGGUUCAUACUGCCCAACUCUACCUGUGGACUAUUAUAAACCUCCAGAUGCUGUGACAAGUGUGAUGGCGAAGAAGUGAAAGACCGCUCUCUACUAUUUUUUCCCUGUUCCGAUGUCCUAUGAUUGUCGCCGCCGUCAAGAUGACGACUCAGAUGCAUUGAAUUAAUUCGUUUGACUCUCCCUUGCAAGGCGUUCCCCUCGCCAUAUAACUCGCGGACAUCUUUGUGAAGGGCCUGUCUGACUUUUUUCCGGGGAAAGCGGGUAAUUUCACACUUGUUCUCCAAUUUGAUAACCGCAGGGCCAGAUAAUGCUGAAUGACUGUGCUCUAGGUUUACAGUGAAAAUGUUCUCAGAGAUCGCCCGGUCAGAUGCUCUAAGGAGCCCAUGGAGUUGAUCAAUCAUUUGGUCGACAUCGUUAUCGACUGGAUUUUGGGUGCGGUCCCCAUGGACAGAAAGCUCUUCCAUUACCUCAGACACAGCUUUGAUCUUAACAAGGAGAGUCCACUUCUCGCCUGGCCGCAAAGCUUUACAUUUCGUCUCACCAAGAAUAGCUUCGAUAUCACAACCAUGUUGUCCGUCGAGCCUUAUCGACAAGUUCGACAGAACACCAGGAUCAAGUCCAAAGCGAAGAUGGCGCAUAACUUGCUUUAAAUUAUGUUUUAGCGCAUGCGCGCCAUCGUUGUCUUCCUCGUCAAAACUAGCAGACAGAUGCCAGCCAUCCACUGGCUCGGAAGCCCAUACUACGAGCACCGGCUCUGGAGAUAUGGUGUGAAAUCGCACUCGACUCCUUAUGUUGCUGGUUAUUUCCAACAGAGAAAUGCCUAAAUUUGCAGUGAUCACAAAAACAUGACGUAGUGCUCCCCUACUCGAAUAUCUCAGAAGCAAGUUCGACGCCUCAUGGAGAGCUUUUGAUGUACGAGUCAGAUUCGGCUCGUCGCACGGGAACUGGAAGAUUUGUACAGAUCGAAGUAAUCCUCGGAUAACAUCGAGAUUACAAGUAGAUAGCGGCAGAAGAAGCUGUAGAUUUUGCUCAGGAUCAGCAGAUAUACAGCCGAUUGCCAUUCGGUCAACGAGCAUAUCCAUUGACGAAGCCAAAUGGAGUACAGUAUUGCACGCCCCUUUUAAUAGAGCGGGCGGCAUGCUUGCUCUAGCCGCCUAGUCAGUUAUGACUUCCCUAGAAUUGAGUAAGGGGAACCCACGAAUUAUCUAGGAGAACUAUAAUGUCCAGAGGAACGUCGCACCCAAUCUGGGUUUCAAGCUCGCCUUCCAAAUUAACGUUUGCAGAUAUUUCCACCGCAGCCCAAGUGAAAAGGUCCUCGCGAGCAGAAAUCUUCAUAGCAUCCAUCGUUAUAUGUAUGUUGGCUCUCGUAAUUGGGAGAGGGCAAGAGAAGCGAGUAUGGACGUUGUUGCGGUGUUUUGGGACAAAAAGGUUCUUUCUAGUAAAAGGGGGCGUUCUUUGUCCAAACCUCUCAGGGGCAGCUGUUAGCUGUGUCGAGAUAGGCUCGCGAAUUUUAUGAUUUGGCGGAUAACGAUGCGUAUUUGGUGAAUUUGGCUCUGUAUAAACGCGUUUUGGCGGAUCUAAUCUCGAGUAACCACCGGAUGCCGGUCCCAGGCUCGAGUGACGUGAUUUACUGAAAUCCAAUACCUUCGCAACCCGAGGGAAAAUCCCCCCUUUAGACGGAAUCCUUCGCACCACAUUAUCUACCCCCGAACGCGAUCUCUCAUUUAAUUCCUUAACACUGGGUAUUAGGCUUUUUUGCUUCUUUGAUAAACUUCAUGGGCGUGACGAAAACACAUACCUCGUCCAUACUAGGCCUGUUGUUACUAAAUGUCCGUAACGAUAGAAGACGCGAAUCAAAGAGGGAAUGUCGUUCAAUAUUGUGAGAUUUAGAUGAACGCGGGCUAUCCUGCUUUACUGGUAGUGUUGAGUACUGGGGCUCCCUUGAGAGCCGGAGCGGUCGACGAAUGGCAUAAGACGAGUGCCGUCGGGGAAUCGCGUAGGGGGGAGCAGAGCUUUUAACAAAGCUAGUGGAAGAAGCCUCUGGAACAGUUGGUAAACGUCGUUUGAAGAUGCGCAAAGGCAGUGUCGUGGGGAUGGUUGUGCUAUCUUGCUCGGGACAUGGCUGGAUGUCCCCGUUUGACCUGGGCAUGACGUCUGGUGAGAUUAUAUAACCAAAUGCCUAUUAGACGUGUUCCCUCAACAGCGCCGGCUUCAUGUACAUAACUGCGUCGCCGUCGCUGGACUCGGAUCUCUCUGUCGACGCGUUCGACGACUCAGAUGAUGACGAUACCCAAUGCGCGUUUGAAUGAGCCCUCCUUGGGUGGGGGAUAUUUCCAGCACGAAGACGCCGUCGCUCCCGAUACAAACUCCAGUACUCUGAGCACGCCAGAGCUGUUGCAAGAAUAGUGAACAGGACAACGAUGGGCACAAGAACCAAUGCAAUUAAGAUUAGAUUCCUAUUUGCUUCGCUCCGUGUUAUCCUGUACAUAUCGAAACUUGCCCUUGGUAUAUAUCUAUCUCGCCCCGAUUUUGAGCAGAUAUCUUGAAUGACUUUAUGUAUAGAAUUUGAGCGUAUCCGCCAAAUACUAGAAGUAUAGAAGCAUAGAAUAUGAGAAUACACGCGAGAUAGAUGUUGAUGCAAUCUAGUUUAAAAAGAGAAGGGAAAGCUGUGUUGACAGAAAAGAAUAAUAAAAGAAUAAAACACAGCAAAAGAGGUAACCGCGUCAUGCAGAAGGCACGAUGCAGGUUCAUAUAUAAGUCACCAAAUUCAGCGGAAUAAAAGUAGAUUUUGGGAUAUCAAAACAACACUUCGUAUACUUAAAAAAGGGCCCGCUAGAGUUCAGUCGUCAAGGCGCGAAAGCCCAAAAAAGCAGAAAGAAAUCAUCCACGAUUGCAGCUCCCCUACCGCGAACUUUGCUCAUUAGGGCUAGAGACGAGCACCGAAUCAUGCUGUGUCUAUCUCG